AUGAUGCGAGAUUCUCGUCGGCGGAGCCCGACCGAGAGCUCCCGGCGACGGAGAAAAGAGCGUCGCAACUCGCGCGACAAGAUCGAGCUCGUCUCCGCCCCUAGCGCCAGCGAGAGCGCGACCCGAAGCAUGGAGAUGCCAGGGCCCAUGCCCGGUAGCAUGCCAGAGGACCCCGCGCCCCGGGUGACCGAGACAUCGCGCGCGCCGCCCGAGACGUCGUCUUCGCGAUCCCACCCACAGCUGUCGUCGCAGUCGCAGUCGCAGUCGCAGUACCAGUACAACCAUCAGUAUCACGACCAGGCCCAGACACCGCAGCCUCAGUACCAGUCUGCCUACCAACAGCCGCUGCCGCAACAGUCUCCGUACCAACAACAACAACAACAACAACCACAGACGUACCAGCCUCAGCAGUCGUCGUUCCAGCAAUACCCCCAGCAGUACCAGCAGUAUCCGCAAAAUCAGUAUUCCCAACAGCACCAGUCGCCUUCUCAAUACCCCGCGCAUCCACAAGCGCCUUACUAUGGGGAAACCGUACAUUCGUAUCCCAAUGGACGUGCCCGAAACUCGGACAGCUCCUCCGACACAUCGUCCUCGCUGCUCAACGUCUCACGCCGAAGCCCAAAGCACGCCAAGGCAGGCAACGUCUUCACCACCUUCUUCCGCAGUCCUUCCGAGCAGCGCCACCGCCGUCGCCAGAAGAAGAAGAACACGCGCUUCAUGUCCUUCGGCGCCAACUCAUCGUCCUCUUCCCUCGACUCGGACCUCGCCUAUGGACGUGGAUACAUCCCUCGCGAGGGCGGCAGCCUGGCGAGCGGCAGCCGUCGCGUGAGCCCUGGCCCCAACGGAAAGGGAAGCCAGUACAGCCAGAGCACUCGUCGAACACCCACCGCCGAGCUGCACCGCCCUCCUCUCUCUGUUCGUGGUGGCAAAGCCGAACAGGCCAAGACAGAUGAGGAGAUCCUCGCCAUCGGCCGCCAGCUCUCUGAUAUUGCGCGCAAGCAGAACGAGGCUGAUCUACGUGCUUCCGGCAAGGUGCGCCCUUCCACGUUGGUCGGCGCCGCCGCCGCUCUGAGUGCUUUCAGUCGUUCGAGGACCAAGGAUAGCUCCAAACGGGGCAUCGGCAGCUCCCGACCUGGGCGUGACGACGAGGACUCUGACUGGGAGUCUGCGUCUGACGACGAUGACUCUUCGUCAAGCGACGAUGCUGACCCUGGACUCGUCUACGGCUCGACCGCCAACUUGCCUAGCUCACUGGGGGCACCAGCCAGCCAGGCAGCGCAUGAUGGGAACCGGAACCAUGCUGUGGACCCCAGCCUUUUUGGACCUUACAACUCCCUCCGGGGCUCAGUGACGCCGAUCCCGUUUACGCAGCCCUCUCAUGUCUACAACUCUCCGCGCCACCAGUCCGAGGAGCCAAAGGCCGAUACCCCUUCGUCGUCGUCAAGGAUCGGCAAGCAGCCCAUGCAGCAUGUCUAUGCUAUCCCAACCUCGGAUCCGAACAACUUCGAUAUUGACCGCGGAUCGAUCAUCUCCUCUCGGCACACAGCAUCCCAGUCCUCACGCCCCCCUCCCGUGCCGCUGCAGCAGCCCAUCCCCGUGGCCCCCGUCUCGUCCAAAGUCUAUGCAACCGAGAAGCUCGCUGAUGAGGACGGCCGCAGGGAACUCCGCGGCGAACGUAGGCACACCGACGGUGGCAGCCUCGCCGGUGCCGCCGUUGCUGGCGUUGCGGCUGCGGCUAUAGGCGCAGCGGUGGCCUCGAGCCGGAAGGACUCUCGCGAUGUUCGUGACAGUCGCGACGUCCGAGACCCUCGUGACCCUCGCGGCGCCCGCGACUCGCGCGACUAUCGUGAUUAUCCGCGUGAAGAUCGGUACCAGGAGCGUCGCUCAGGCCGGACCGACUACCCGGAAAAGACAGAGCGUGAUGAUUACGCUCGCGCUGAUAAGGACAGCCGUCGCCGUUCCCACCGGGACAGCAAUGUCAAGGUAAUUGACGAGCGGGACCAGACGUCUUCUCGACGGGAAAAGGACCCUUCGUACGACUCACAGCUCACGAGAAGACACACCGCCCCCGUUGACCAACGUGACAAAUCCUAUAAGCUGCCGAAAGGAGACGAAAUCCGGGUUGAGCUUUGA